GCAGGGGACAGCGACGCUGAGCGGGCGGCUUCGUCCCGGCGCGCUCCGCCUGCGAUAGGCAUUUUCUGAAGAUUGAAGGACCUGCUGAAGGGAUCGCCUGCUUUUGAGGUUGCAAAGGUGCUAAGCCAUGGCUGACUUGGAUCACAACCUCAGCCUUGCGGAUGCUCUGACAGAGCCACCUCCUGAGAUUGAGGAGGAGGUGAAACGGGACUUCAUUGCCACUCUGGAAGCAGAGAAGUUUGACGACGUGGUUGGAGAGACGGUGGAUAAAACAGACUACGUGCCUCUGCUGGACGACGACGAUGCUGGGAGCCAGGAACCAAAAAGCAAAGGCCAUGCUGACAGCAUUCAGGUGGAACAUCCUUCAGCCACCGGGCCAACCGUUAUAGCAAAUGGUGACCAUGGGAUGGAAGAUCACCGCCCGGUGUUCCCGGGAGAAAUCAUGGAUGAAAAGCUGUCCUAUAAGGAGUUCCUCGACCGUAACGACACGUGGGCCAUGGAUGACAGAGAGCUGUGCUUUGAGCCCGUGUUCAAACCCAUGGAGAUGGCAGACCCCUUCAGCAUGCACCGAGGGGAGAACCUGCCAGACCUGUCCUUUCCUCCUGACAUGAAGAACGUGCAGUUCUUCACAGACCAUGCUGACACUUCCAGAGACAUCCAUGUGCCACAUGGAUCUGUGAUGGUACCCGAGCAACCUUUCCUGGGGUCCCCCUAUUGCCCUGCAGAGGUCUUAGACCCGUCAGCCUUCGUGGGCCUCGAUUCAGCUGCAGAAUUUCUGCAAGACAAAGCAGUGCCUGAAGAUCAUUGGAUGGGAGCUCAGCAUUACGCAAAGGGAUCGGAUGCUUCUUUCUUUGCUGAGCCACCAGUGCCCCCCGCAGCCCCUGGAGCAGAAGUGCUGACUGUGCCAGAGUGCCCUGCAGCAGCAGCUCCUUACUUCGUUCCUACGGCGUUAGCAGCAUCCCCAGCAGAGGCCAAAGCUGCCGAGGCACCAAAAGCAGAUGCUGAGAGUGCUGUUGCCUCGGAUGCCACAUCCGUGUCUGCAGAGCAAGCUGGGCCCAUCCUCGCAGGGGACACGAAGCCUCCUCACGCUGUGGAUGCUGAGUCUGCACCUCCAGCAGAAGCUGAGCCCCCCCAGGGCACAGAUGUGGGCUUUGCCCCUGCAGCAGAGGCCAAACCUCCCAGUGCUGCUGCUGCAUCCUCCCCAGUGCUGGAUGCUGCCUGGAGCCCAGCAGCAGACACUGAGCCCCAUUGCGCCGUGGGUUUGGAGUUUGCCCCAGCUGCAGAUUCCAACCCUCACCAUGCUGCGGAUCUGACGUUCGCCCCCACAGCUGAUGCUGAGUCUCAUCGUGCUGCAGAUUCGGAGUUUACCUUUCCAGCUGAAGUGGCCCAUCUCCGUGCUGUGGAUUCCAGCCCUGCUCCGGCAGCGGAUGCCAAACCUUCCCCUGCGGAUUCAGGUUUUGCCUCUGCACCAGAAGCGAAGGCUGUCUGUGCAGCUGACACCGAAGUGGCUGCAGUGGAAGAGCUGGUGACAUCCGAGCCCUCUGCUCAGCAUGACAAGACCCCCUCCCAUGAAGCUCCUGCAGAAACAGCUGCAAGCAUGGAACAAGAACCAAAAGCCCCCGAGGGUUACGUUGCUGUUUCGUUAGAGAAACCAUCUGCCAGCCACCACGCUGAGCACCUUCCAGCACCAACCAACCACCUCCCAGAACCCGCAGUUCCAGUAGAAACAAAAGAAGACACAGUGCUAGAAAACAAAGAGCUCCUCUCAGAGCAGCGCGUUGCGGCUGUGGAUGUCCCUGCAGUGGAGCAACGGAAGGAGGAGACUGAGCAGAACCACAUCCAGCACACAGAGCCCCUGCAAGGAGCACCCCUGCAAGAGCCUGCAGGUCCGCCUCCCACACAAAUGAGGCAAGCUAACAAAGCGAGUGGACGCGGGGUUGGCCGAGCACAGCCUGCCCUGCUGCCCACUGCAGAUGGAGCAGAGGAGCGCCCCGUAGGUCCCCAGCAGCAGAAGAGCUCUGAGCCCGGAGCAGAGCGGUGCAGUGCUGCAGAGCUGCGGUGCGCUGCGGGAGCUGCCCUGCACAGCACAUCUGCACCCAGGAGGGCAGCAGAGCCUCUCCCAGGGCUCACACAAAGCUGCAGAGAUGCUCCGCGGGAGAGCUGGGAUAUGGAAGGUGCUGUGGCCAUGGGGAAGAGAAAGAAGAAGAAACCGAAGCAAAGGAGAAACCACCUGCCAAGAGCCAUGGAGCUCUGGGAUGAAAACACGGCCGUCUGCAGGGCUCCUAAGAGCUCUCCGUUGGCUGCUGAGUUGCAAAAAGCACCUGUUGGGCCCAGCGUGCCUGCAGAGCUGUUGGCUGCCUCAGGAAACACAGCUUCAGAUGUGCCAAAGGAUGCUGCAGUAAUAAGUGGGAGUCACGUCCUGGAUGAUCCACACGGCCCUGUAAUGGCAGCACUGGGCCGGCAGGGCACCAGGAGCAGCACGGCGUCCAAAUCAGUGCUGGAUGAGAGAAAUAGAGACAUCAUGAGGGCAGAGGAAAUGAGAGGUGACAGCUCGAUGGUGCAAUGCGAAGGGAAAGGAAAGGUGCCCUUAGAGCAGAGAGGAGAGACCGAGGUGGGGGAGCCCAUAGCAGCAGAGGUGCCAGCCACGUCUGUGGGAAGAUUGCCUGACAGAAAUGGGAAGAGGGAGGGUGGGGAGUCAGCGUGGGCUGACCUGGAGGCAUCUCCUUCAGCAGCCAUCGGUAUAAGCAAGGUAGAAACUCCCUCAGAGGUGAAACCUUCCCAAAUUCUCCCUUCUGAUAAGGGUAAGGAUGCUAAGGGGGCGCCUCCCAAGCACAAAGCACCCAGUGACACCAGCUGCGAGCUUCAGGCUUCCAGUGGGACGCUGGGAGAAGCAGCACAGGAGAGCGGUGAGCAAAACAAAGAGCUGAGCAAUGGAUCCUUCCAGGCACCUCCUACAGCCCCAUCCACCCUGCUUCCCAACAAGCCGAGGGCAGCAGAUGGAGCCAAGCUGGCAUCCCUCAGUGAGCGUGAGGCCGUUGGCUUCAGUUCUUCCGAGGGAGUAUUGAAGACCCCAGCAGAUACCACCAAAGCGUCUGCUACACCAUUAAUGGCUCAGAACCCCGGGGAAGGCAUUGCUCUGCAGAACAGGAAGGCUGAUGGCUGUGCUGAGCAGCCAGCUCUAAUGGAAGGCAGAGCCGCUCCUGCUGAGGCAGCACGUAAAGGUACAGCAGCGUAUUCCCCUGACAGAAGCAAAGGGAAUGGGUUUAUUGCAGAGGAGCAGCAGACUGGAAGAGACCUCAGUGCUGCACACGGGAUGGACAGACCUAAAAAAAAGCGCAGUGAAGGGACAGGCAAAAGAGGGAGAGGUUUCUGUGAGCAGGGUCUGGAGGAUGCGGGCACUGAUGGGGUGAGGAUGGGGGAGGAGGUGAGGGAAAGGCCUUUCCCUGAUAAAGGCAGGGAGGGUGGUUAUGCUGCCAGGGGACAUCCAUCAGCAGACAAGCCCAAAAAGAGAGGUAGCGAUGGGAGGAGUAAAAAAGGUGAAAAAAGCUUCUUCCAGCAGCCUUUUGUGGAGAGCAGGAUGGGCCUCAGCAGCUCUCCUGCCGGAGCUGGUCCAGCUCAGGAGGUCAGCGAUGAGAGGGGCUGUGUCACUGCUGUGUGCUUCCAGGAGAGCACGUCGGGUGUAACUGCAGCACAAAGGCCCAUUGAGAGGGUAACAGAGGAGCCCAGAGAAAAUGCUGGGAAAUGGGAGAUGGCUGAGCUGGGGGCUUUGGGCCAACAGUUCCUUCCAGCGGGUAGGAGAGAGGACACAAAGCAUCUGGCCGUGGCUGACACCGUCAGCAGAACAAAGAAGGUCAAUGUUGUGGGUGAGGGCGGGGAGGCUGGAGAUGCUUCUCCAGGUGGGUCCGUUGGGAUGGGUUCCGAUGCAGACAAACGUAGGAAAAGAUGCAGUGAUGGGAAAAGGAAAAGGAGCGAGAAGGGCCCUUCUGGGCUGCCAGCUGACCCGGACGGCGGGGUGGGAGCUCUUCCAAGCAAAGAGAGGGGCAAUGGAGAAAUGGAGGAAGUGGCCUCGGGGAAAGAGAAGGUGCCUGGUUCUGAAGGAGAGGUUUUGCUGGAGAAUGUGAUAGCUGGAACAAAGGAGGGUCUGGAAAAGCCUAAAGGAGAGGUGAGAAGUUCCUCUCAUCAGCCAGUUCUUCCAGCCCAUAAAACAGAGCCAGAAAUAGGCAGCGCUAAUGAAACCACUGCUGAGGGUAAGGAGACAGAGGUUCAUACAGCAGAGCACGGGGAAGGCGCAGUGAUGGCACGUGGUCCCACCAGGGAGAUGGAGGCCGACAGACCCGAGGAAAAAGGCAGGGGGACAAAAGGCAGAGAGGCUGAGGGCGGCCGUGGGCAGUCUGUAGCACCGGGUCUGGGUGUUAUCCCUGCUCUGGGUGGAGAGGUGGGAAAUGCUCAACAAAUUCAGUCUAAAGAGAACAAUGUCAGUGCUUCGGUAGGUCUGGUAGGUGACCCAAGUGAUGCUACCAAAGCACAAGCUGCUGCUGUACCUCUGGAGCCAGAGAAGCUGAGCACGAGUGAUAAAGAGAGAAGCCAAAGGGCUGAGGUUGGCCCAGAGCCCCUCCUGGAGCCCAGCACAGGAGCAGAGAUGUGUCCUCCUCCUGGCAGCGGAGCAGUCAGCCUUCCUGGUGCAGAGCAUCCUGCAGUGGUGGAUCACAGCUCUGUGAGAUCUAAAAAGAGAGGUAGCGAGGGAGGAGGUGAAAAGCCCAAGGCUGGCCCUGAGCAGCCACCCGUGGGGCCCGAGAUGGAGCUUGGGAUGGAAGAAAUGGGUUUUGUAGACGAGAACAGAAAUAUUAGCUUUCCCAUCGGCCCUCGAAUGCUUUGGGAUAAUCAGGGAAACCACGUGGAGUCCUUGGCCUGGGGGGCACACGGGGGGCUUCCCUCAGCUGGAGUGGCAAUGGAGGAGAGCAGCAAGGAGCCCGGAUCCGGCAAUGGGAAGGAGGCGUGCAGCCAGGCACCGCCUGAGCAACCCAUCGGUGUGGGGCACGAAGAGCCUGGGAAAGAGGGGCCCGAGAAAGGGGAGGAUGGAGCCGGAGAGGUGGCUGCCCAGGGCGGGCUGGAGGCAGACGGGCCGCUUUCUUCUGAUGCUGCGGCAGCGGGGAGCGGAGCAUCGCGGGCUGCGGUGGAAGGGCUGACGGGGAAGGACAGCGAGGGGAGCGGCGUGGGUGCAGCCGUGGGGGGCGCUCAGCAGCCGUGCGGGUCGGGAGGUGGAGCGGAGGCCGCUGGUGUGGGUCUGAGUGCUGCCCCAGCAUCCCGCGCCCACCCCGAGGACGGCGGAGAGGUUCAGCGCCCACCCGCAGACGGCGAUGCUGGAGGAGCCCACCCGAAGGCUGUCCCAGCUAAGGAAAAAGAAGAACCUGCCCCAAAAGCUGCCCCGGAAGCAAAGAAAGAGCGGGCGAAGGGUGCCGAGCAGCUGAAGGGCUACAUGAGACCCACCAAGGCCAGAGGGCUGCCCGCGCUGCCAGCCCGGCCCGCUGCUCCGGAUGGGGAGAAGCAGAUGCAGCUGAGAGGCAGCGCUGUGAGCCGGCCCAGGCAAGGCAAAGCAAAACCAGAGGAGCCCAAAGCAGCCGACGCCGUGACAGGGAAUGACAUCACAGCACCCCCCAACAAGGAGCUGCCCCCGAGCCCCGAGAAGAAGACAAAGCCUGCAGCAUCCACACCAUCAGCAAAGCCCACGGCAACGAAAGCCAGGCCCGCGGCCGCCACCAGCCCCAAGCGGCCGGCCUCUGCCACUCCUGGCACUCACAAAAAGCCCACCAGCCCCACGGCGGGCCCUCCUGCCACCACCACUCCCAAGCGCCCGGCCAGCAGCGCCACGCGGCCCUCCACCCUCACUCCAAAAGAGAUUAAGCCAAAGGUCACGGAUGCAAAGAGCCCGGAUAAGAGGACCUCACUCUCAAAGCCUCCAUCAUCUGCUCCUCGUGCUGCUGCCAGGAGCACCACUGCCACUCCUCGGACAACGGCCACCUCCCCUGUGACUGCAACUGCUGGAGCAAAGAGCACCACUGCCUCCCCACCCAAGAGGCCAACAUCCAUCAAGACUGAUGCAAAGCCUGCAGAUGCCAAGAAGACCACUGCGAAGUCACCAUCAGCAGACCUGGCCCGCCCUAAGAGCGCUGCUGGAAGCACUGUGAAGAGCAGUGCCACCACUUCCACCACCACCACCACCACCACCAGCACCACAGCCGUGCCUGGCGCAGCCACCAGCCGCCCCAAACCCAAACCUGCAGCAACCAAACCCACCACCACCACCUCCACCACCGCUGCGGAUGCAAAGAAACCACCUGCAAAGGCUGCAACCAAACCCAGCGCUGCCCCCAAGCCGCUGCGCCCGACCAGCAGUGCUGCUGCUCCCGACCUGAAAAAUGUACGUUCCAAAAUCGGCUCCACGGAUAACAUCAAGCAUCAGCCUGGUGGAGGAAAGGGGAAGGUAGAGAAAAAGCCAGAAUCAGCCGCUGCUGCCCGAAAGUCUGAGCCCAAUGUGGUCCCUAAAAUGGCUCCAACUAAAACAGCCGUAACAAAAGAGGGUGUCCCAAAACAGCCCAAUGGGAAAGUCCAGAUAGUCUCCAAAAAAGCGAACUACAGCCAUGUUCAGUCCAAGUGUGGUUCCAAGGACAAUAUUAAGCAUGUCCCUGGAGGUGGGAAUGUGCAGAUCCAGAACAAGAAAGUGGACCUCUCCAAAGUGUCCUCCAAGUGCGGCUCGAAAGCAAAUAUUAAGCAUAAGCCAGGGGGAGGAGAUGUCAAAAUCGAGAACCAGAAGCUGAACUUCAAGGAGAAGGCCCAGGCCAAAGUGGGUUCUCUGGACAACGUGGGACACUCGCCAGCAGGAGGAACAGUGAAGGCUGAGGGCAGCGCGGAGCCAGGGCAGCUCCCGCCCGCCCCUCAGAACGGAGAGGUGCGAGCGGAGCAGGCAGGCAGCGCCCUGCAGGAGAAUGGCGUAGGGCCGGCGGUGCCCACUGCCCUGAGCGGUGGUGACCAAAGGGAAAUUCAGAGCUUCGAGACUCAGAUACAAGAAACAAAUUGAAUCCCACAAGCUGACGUUCCGUGAGAAGGCGAAGGCGCGCACCGACCACGGAGCGGACAUCGUCGUCGCCUCCAAACCCCCCACCCUCCCCAGCAGCACCUCGGCCAGCGACAGCCCGGCCUCCCCGGCACCGCCGCAGCCGCCGCCUCUCCCCGCAGCUCUCCCGCAGCAAGGCUUGUGACCCCCCGUCCCCGCGCCCCGUAACGCAGCUUGGCUCUCUUCACGCGGCCUCCGGCUUCACGCGGGACGGGGAUGCACCCAACGGCCCCAUCCCUUCGGCUUUUGGGGGUCUGGGGGUCAGUGCUGUGCUGUCCCGGGGUCCCCGGGGGGGAGCGCGGCGGCGGCUGAAGCCGGGCCGAGUUAAUAGGGAUAAGCUGUGAUUUCUUUCUUUUUAAGAGACCCCCCUUUUCCUCCUCGCUGCUUCGUCCCCCGACCCCAUUGACGCUGUUUCCACACACAUUAGGGCUGUUUUAACUGUUGACUUUUACCUUUUAUUCUUCGUGACGACGUGUUGAUGAUUUAUCGUGCUACAAACCCACACUGAGGUUCCUUUUCUCUUUCCUUAACCAUAGCAGAGUAGGGACAUUAACCGCUGCUGCAGUGCUGCUUCUUACUGACAUAUCCAGCAGUCGUAACUUUUGUUGUUGGUUGGUUGUUUUGUUUCUUUUUUUUUUUAAUAUUUUAAACACGAUGGAGCAAAUUCAUGGGAUUAAGCCAUGUCUGAAAGCGAAAGGCGUAGGGAUGUGUUGAAGGAAAGCUUCUUGCUGAGCAGCUCAGAGCUGUGUUGGCUGCAGCUGGACACGUUGCGUUGGUGCCAGCCCCAGUGUGCAGCAAAGUUGGGUUGGCUGUUGGUUGGCUGUUGGUUUUUGGUUGGCUGUUGGUUGGUUGUUGGUUUUUGGUUGGUUGGUGGCUGGCUGUCAAUUGGCUGUUGGUUGGUUGUUGGCUGUUGGUUGGUUGUUGAUUGGCUGUUGAUUGGCUGUUGGUUGGCUGUUGGUUGGUUGUCGAUUGGCUGUUGGUUGGCUGUUGGUUGGAUGUUGGUUGGCUGUUGGUUGGUUGGUUGUUGGCUGGCUGUUGAUUGGCUGUUUCUUGGCUGUUGGUUGGUUGUUGCUUGGCUGUUGGUUGGUUGGUUGUUGGCUGGUUGUUGAUUGGCUGUUUCUUGGCUGUUGGUUGGUUGUUGCUUGGCUGUUGGUUGUUUGGUUGUUGGCUAGCUGUUGAUCGGCUGUUGGUUGGCUUUUGGUUGGCUGUUGGUUGACUUUUGGUUGGCUGUUGGUUGGUUGGUUGUUGGCUGUUGGUUGGUUGUUGGUUGGUUGGCUGUUGGUUAGUUGUUGGUUGGUACAGCCCAACUUGGGCUCGUUCUGGCUGGAGGCUGAGCACGGGCUGUGCAGCUCUGUGGGCUCCUGCGCAGCUCCGUGGCUUUGGGGCAGCUCUGUGGGUUCGGGGCAGCUCCGUGGGUUCGGGGCAACCCCGUGGUGCGUGGGGCUCGGAGUGGGGCCAGGAAGUGCAGAGGGUGUGUGGGUGCGGAGCCGGGGAGGUGAGCUGCUGCGUGAGGCCUGAGCUCCUCGUUCCGUGUUUGCAAAUGACACUAAAAAAGAUGAAAUGUAAAUAAAAAAAGAAAAAGAAAAAAAAAUAAUAAACCAGAAAAGCAUUCUUGGGUCGUCAAAGUAAUUUAAAGGAAAAAAAAAAAAAAGGAAAAAAAAGAAAAAAAAAGAGCAGAAUAACGAAACACUGGGAUCAAAGUCAAUGGGAGCAGGCGCUGCCGGGGGCUGCGCGGAGGGGCGGAGGGAAGCUGAGGGCUUCUCAUGCUUUGUGGGAACGGUUCUUGGGGAAGCCGACAACGACACGAUAACCCGGAAUCUGUAUUUACACACAAAGAUUCUUAUUGCACUUGUAUUUUUUAUAUUAAAGUUUGCAUGAUUUCUAAUAAAAUGGCAUUAAAAUGUACUAGUUUGCAUCCAAGUCGUCUGCUAGUUUCAUAAGUGCUUUUUUCCUCUGGAUACAAAUUGAAAUGAGCAAUGCAGAUUUGCACCUGAGCGGGGCGGUUAUAUAUACCCACAGCCCCGCUGCCUUCCUCCUUCUCUUCCUCCUCCUCCUCCUCCUCCUCCUCCCCUCCUCCUCACUACCUCCCCCCCUGCGCCCCCCCAGCUCCGCAGAGGGCUCCUGCCCCGCUCCCACCACCCCACCUCCUGCACACCCCCCAGUAUAUAUCACUGCCCCUCCGCUGACGCUUCCUUCUUUCCAUGACUAAAUUCUGCACAUCAGAGCUCCAUCUCUGCCAUCUGUCGAUAUGUAUUUUUAUUUCUAUUUGUUAGUUUUUUCCAGCACUUUUGGAAUAGGGCUGUUGGAAGGAGGGGGCUCAGGGCAGCUCAGCCCCUCCGCUUCUCCUCCCAGAGCUGUACAGGAGUGCGUGUGGGGCCGGUGCUGCUCGGGGUCCCCAGAGAGGUGGACGCGGCCCCGCUCAGCUCCAGCACUGCUGUAGGAAAGCAAUGGCAAGGCUGCACUUUAUCUUUGGAGCUGCGUUGGGUUGCCCGACCCCAACCCGCGUUGUGCCCACGUGUCACUGCUGAACUGCUGCAGUGCUGUGGGUCGAUGUGGUCACUGUGGGAUGGCUGCAGUGCUGCUCAGGGCAGUGCUGAUGUUGGGAGGCAGCGGCUGCAUGCAGUGCGUCGGGUUUUGGCCAUGCAUGGAGGCUGCAGUAGAGCUGCUGGGGGCAGAGCAGGGCAGGGAGCGGUGCCUGGGGCUGCCUGAGGGCUCCGGGUACCAAAACUCUUUUGGGGGGCAAAAAAAUAAUACUGAUUUCUUUGAAUUAAGUUGUGGUUCGACUUUGAUGCAACGUGAAUGUACGGCCGCGUGGUGCUGAGCGUGGGGCCCGGCGGUGGCUGCAGCGAUGGCACAGCGCAGCGCUGGCGGUGGUGGGAGAUGCUGAGUGCAGGGAUGUGCUCUGCAUGGCUGUGCCCUGGGCUCGGGGUGGGAGCACGGAGGGGCUCCGCGCGGCCAAAUGGCUGUUGGCCCCCAGGGGCUGCUGUGUCGUUGCCGGUGUGGUUACUGUGGGCCUUCUUCUACUGUACAAGUACUGUCCCGGCUGCAGACUGAAUGUAGUGCGCCCCGCUGCCCCUGGGCUCCCCUCUGGCUCUCAGCGGUGGCAUUUGGGCAGAAUUUCUCAGCAGCAGCCCCCGGGCCUGGGCACAAAGCCCAGGGCGCAGCGGAGGAGCGCUCCGUCCUUCACCCCAUCCCCACCCCGCUUCCCCCCGGCGCUGCCCGUGCCAUCCCUGCACACAGAGUCUCGCUGGCCACCAGCUGGUGUCUGGGAUCCAUCAGACACGGGGCUCCUCCCGCACCUCCCGAGCGCUCAGCAUCGCUCCGUCACCCCGGGAUGUGGGGCAGGAUGUGGGGCGGCGCGUGCAGACGGCGCUGGGGACACAUUCAGCCCCAUGCGGGGUGAGCACAGCACCAGGCUCCCGGCCCCGGGCAGUCAGAGAACCCCUCUGCCUCAGUUUCCUCACCCGUGGGGGGGGACGAUGCGUACCUCACUGCGAGGGGUGUGCGGAGCGUUGGCUACAUGCGAUGUGUUCUCAUUACUGUGUGCUGUAGGGCUGUUGUGCUGCAGCUCCGGGGUCGGAGCUGUGCCGCAGUGGGAGCAGAGGGUUGGGGUCCCCCCCGGGGGCAGCGGGGCAGAGCCGCUCUGUACCCACGCAGGGCUGUGUGUGUGUCUGUCUCCUGAGCACCAUUUCCCGAUUUGAUGUUGUGAUUCUUCUUCCUAUUGUAAACGAGUUGAAAUAAAUAAAGCUUCUCGAUGUUG